CUCGGAGCGCAGCUGCGCCGUGCUCAACGUUAACCACUGGCAGUUCUCCAUCACGCGAAUUCGGAACUGGAGCUUUGAGCGCUCGCUCAUGACACCUACCACCGAAAAACUGCGAUUUGUCUCUAAGUUCAGCUUGCGAACCUCGUGAGCCUGGAACGUUCGCGGAUCCAAACUUUGCAACUACGAUUCUUGAUUGUUGGGACCUUUGUCAAGUUUUACUUCAACGCAUCUCUCGAUAUCAUGGAUACAUGAGAGCGGAGUUAGCCAUUAACUAGAACAGGGCGUCGGGCGGCCACUGACCAGAUCCGUGCUAGGAGGAGGAGAUCCUUGCGCUGUCAUGAGGAAGCAUCCGCAUUCAUUCGAGGCGCUCGGGUGUCGCAUUUACGUGCACCCAAAUCUCAUGCCGCCAAUAUCAUGAGUGUUCAUUCGGUGCCAGAGGUCCCGACCGUCCACCGCGCUGCUCGGUCGAAUUCCUCCAAUGUCCUAAUCCGACCUGUUCUCCCUACUUAUGUCUAGGCGAUAAUCUGGAGCAUGAAUCACUCUGGAGCCCAUCAUGCACCGGAGGCUCUCUGUCUUGCUCUUCCCCCUCCUGUUCCUCGUCCCCCGCGCUCUGUCGAAGCAGCCAUUCAACAAGGUCAUCCAUCACAUCGAUAAAGCGCAGGACCAGGCCUUCCACGAUGCACUGCUGAAGCAACUAGCCAGCUCGCGAAAGAACACAACUGUCACUCCGUCGACGACGCCUGAGCUGGCCGCGUCGAAUGUGGACCUGAGCAUGGGCAUCGUUGCGGCUGCAGCGACGAACGGCACCUUUGCGGACGGCUCGACGUCGACGUUCCAGAUCUACACGCAGAACAGUCUCCCGACGUCGCCGGCUCCUUCCAGCGCCUGUGCAGCUGCUCUGACCGCUUCCGUGCAGUGCAACUCGACGGUGCCAUUGAUGAGUAACUAUCCGUACUUGCUCAUCAACGACUUGGCGAGUGUUUGCACUUCGCAGUGCACCGCCUCGCUCGCAACGUACCGCGCGAAUGUCGUCUCGGCCUGCGGGAAUCUGGCCAUCUCGGGCUCGAACAACGUGACCUACCAUCCGACUUUGGCAGUAGACACCAUCGCCGGGCCGUAUACGGUGCAGUGUCUGCAGGAUCCGACCACGCAUCAGUUCUGCGAGCCCCUCGUCGCGGGAUUCAACACCACCGGCGGGCUCCUGUCCCUCCCGUCCAACCAGCUGUGCACGUUCUGCACGCUAAAGACUCUGAAUGCGACGCUUUCGAACCCCAUCACGUACUCUGUGCCGGUCGCCCAGCUGCUGUCGUCCGCUGUUGCCCAAUGCGGAAGCUCGUUCAACUCAUACAACGUCUCAGCGCCUGGCACAGGCAGCAUCACGACGCCGCCAUUUGGUGUCACCGCGUCGACCAACGUCGCCGCGGACUGCGCCGUCUCUGGCAAGAACGUCUCGGUCUCAACAGCCACGACGUGCUCCGCACUGGCCAAGUCGAACAGCGUGACCAUUUACUCCAUCUUGUCGGCCAAUCCGUUCCUCUCGGGAUCCACCGACUGCGCUGUGCCUUCUGGCAGCCAAGUGUGCGUCGUCAAGCCCUGCACGACGUACACGGUCGUGGCGAACGACACGUGCGACAGCAUUGUCGCCAAGUCGGCCCAGCUCACGGGUACGGGGAUCACCACUACCCAGCUGCAGUCUUUCAAUGCGGAUCUUGGCACGUAUUGCCAGCUCAUCUCGGCGAAAGUCGGCCAAACCAUCUGUCUGACACCGAAUGGCGGCUUCCCGAAUGUGGGAGUGUCCACUGCCAAUCCCAACAAUCCAUCGGCGACCCCGACUGCGGCCGCGUCGAUUCCCACGCCGACGGCGCCAGGGACGACGAACCAAUGCGGCAAAUACUACCAGGUCGGGCAGGGGGAUAUCUGCAACACAGUUGUCCUCGCAAACAGCAUCUCGUUGCCAGACUUUGUGACAAUGAAUCCAGAAAUCGACGCCAACUGCACUAAUCUGUGGCUCAGCUACUACUACUGUGUGGCCCCCUUUCCUCCGUUUUCGACAGCCUCGGCUUUGCCUCCUGUGACCACCAAUUUCUCGAGCGCCAGCACUUUUGCGUACCCGAUUCCAACGGCGUCAUACACGCCGACGUUCGAAACUUUCGUGCUCACAGCUGCUGGUGUUCCGGCUCCGACCAAUGUGGCGAAUGGUACGAGGACUGUGGGCUGCGGGUUCUACUAUGACGUUCAGGCGGGUGACACCAUCACGACUAUCAGCAACACCACGGGCCUGAAUUCGACCGAGCUCCAAGCGUGGAACCCCGAGCUUGCGAAAAGUAGCCCCCAAUCGGGCACUGCGCUCUGUGUCGUCUAUCCCAAGGGGAACUACACGCUCGCUAUUGCCCCGACUCCAUCGAAUGUGGCCGCGAAUGUGACGACAAGCACGUGCGCGCAGUACUACACCAUCCAGAACGGCGACUCGUGCACCAGUGUUGAGUCCAAAUUCUUCAUCGACGACCCGACCUUCAAGUCGUUGAAUCCUGGGAUCAAUUCCCAGUGCACCAACAUCGUGCUGGGGCUCGCUUACUGCGUGUUUUCGAUUUACGCGCCGCAGGCUGCUACCGGGCCAACAGGCCCUCCUUCGAACGUCGCUCCUGGAACGAUCACGCAAGGAUGCACCAACUACUACACCGUCGCCUCUGGUAACAGCUGUGCCACGAUCGAAAGCCAGUUCAAUCUGACACUCGCUGCGUUCAUCACCUUGAACCCCGAGAUCAACCAGCAAUGCACGAAUCUGGCGCUCGGCGAGGCCUAUUGUGUCGCGUCAAGCAACAGCACCGUCCCACCCAAUGUCGCUCCGGGGACGAUCACCCAAGGAUGCACUCAAUACUACACCAUUGCUUCUGGAGACGGAUGUGCCAGCGUGGAAUCCACGUUCCAUCUCACUUUUGCGCAGUUCCAGGCGAUGAAUCCUGAGCUCAACGCCCAGUGCACGAAUCUCGCGCUGGGAGAGGCGUAUUGUGUCGCCUCGAGCAACAGCACGAGCAGCGGGCCGCCUUCCAAUGUCGCUCCAGGCACAAUCACGGCUGGGUGCACGCAAUUCUACACGAUUGCAUCAGGAGACGGAUGUGCCAGCGUCGAAUCCAAGUUCAAUCUCACGUUCGCCAAGUUCCAGGCGAUGAACCCCGAGCUCAAUGCCCAGUGCACCAAUCUCGCCCUGGGGGAAGCGUAUUGCGUCGCGUCGAGCAACGGCACGAGCACCGGCCCGCCGUCGAACCUGGCCACUGGCUCGCUCGGCAACUGCACGUCCUACCACACAGUCGUCUCAGGCGACACCUGCACCGCGAUGGACUCGACCGCCAAAAUCGCCUUGGCGGACUUUUUGCGGUGGAACCCAGAGAUCAACACUGGGUGCACCAACAUCCAGCUGAACCAGGCGUACUGUGUGGGCGGUGGGGGGUCCGCGUGUGCGAAAGUGUACACCGUCAAGUCUGGGGAUUCGUGCUCUGCGAUCGUGGCUUCGCAAGGCGUGACGCAGGCGAGAUUGAAUGCGCUCAAUCCCCAGAUCAAUUCCGGUUGUUCGAACUUGGGUGUCGGGGAGAAUUUUAACAACGACGAGUCCUUCGAUCGGUAUAUCCGCACUGGAAACGACCUUCUCAUACUCUCACACAGCGAGGAUAGGCGCAGAAGCGAGCAACCGGUGGCCAUGCAUCCCGCUAUGCGACGCAAGAUUCCGCCCGUCCUGCCCACCUCCAAGGCCGUGACAUACGGAUUGCAUCCAGCACGCAGGCUGCUCGAGUCUUCGCGUCCCACGCACCGCCAGUUCACAACCUUCCUCGCCUCGGGCACCCUGCGCCAGCGCUACGCGCGCCCAUCCCCGGUCCCCUUCCGCAACGUGCAUGUGCGCGCCAUCUCCUACUCGUCCAUCCCGCGAUUCGUGGCCCGUGCAUUUCGCGUGCCGAUAGCAGGUGUCACUGUCGGGGCUGGCGGUCUGGGGUAUGCGAACUACAAGUUUGAAGAAUUCAGGAAGACGUCUGCGGCGUGGGUCAUCCAGGCCCAGGACGCGGCGACAGAUAUCCUCGAUUCCGCUUCAGACGGACUCAAGACCGUCGGAGGAUUCGUGUCGAAGAUUGAAACCCCCGAUUUUGUGAAGGACUUGUUCGCGGCGCGGAAAGAGAGACGGAAGCAGCGGAAGGAGGAGAAAGAGAAUGAGGACUCCAAAGGUUCAAAAGAGCGGCCACCCACAGACGAAGCAGCCGUUGCCGCUCUUGUUGCUGCAACCAUGUCCUCUCCUGAAGAGCCGCGCAAUAACUCUACCGAUUCCACUUUCGAUGGUCGUCAAAACGGACUCAUGGGCCUCACCAAGAAACUGAUCGAAAUACGAACGAUGUUGCUGAGCAUCGAUCAAAGCGACUCGCUCAAGCUACCUAGCAUCGUCGUCAUUGGAAGUCAGAGCUCGGGCAAGAGCUCGGUUUUGGAGUCGAUCGUGGGCCAAGAAUUCCUCCCCAAAGGGAACAACAUGGUCACUCGCCGACCAAUAGAGCUGACACUCGUUCAUGUCAGCUCCCAAGACGGCUCUACUCCGAAGGAGUACGGGGAGUUCCCUGGGUUGGGAUUGGGGAAAAUAUCAGACUUCACUGUCAUCCAGAAGACUCUGACUGAUCUCAACCUCGCCGUCCCUGCUUCCGAGGCCGUCUCUGAAGAGCCUAUCGACCUCAGGAUAUACUCCCCGAACGUGCCAGACCUCACACUCAUCGACCUUCCUGGUUACGUCCAGCUGGCGUCGCUCGACCAGCCCGAGACGCUGCGGGAGAAGAUCUCUGCUCUUUGCGAGAAGUACAUCAAGGAGCCUAAUAUCAUCCUUGCCGUCUGCGCUGCCGAUGUCGAUCUGGCCAACUCGCCCGCGCUUCGCGCCAGCCGCAAGGUCGACCCACUCGGACUACGCACGUUGGGUGUCAUCACGAAGAUGGAUCUGGUGCCGCCCGAGCAGGGCGCGAGUAUUCUGGCGGGCAACCGCUAUCCUCUUCAUCUGGGCUAUGUUGGAGUUGUGCUCAAGGCUGGCAAGAAGAAGGCAAACACGACAGCGGUCGCGGUCCAGAACGAGUAUUUCCGCGCCAACAGCGACGUGUUCGGCAGCUCGAAUUCCCUCAUGGUUGGCACCGACACUCUGCGGCGGCGGCUGAUGGAGGUCCUCGAGUCGUCGAUGGCUUCGUCCUUGCACGGGAUCACCAAUGCGGUGCAGCUCGAGCUGGAAGAGGCGACAUACCAGUUCAAAGUGCAGUACAACGACCAGCGGAUCACGGCCGAGUCGUACGUCGCGGAAACGAUGGAUGCUCUGAAGCUGCGUUUCAAAGAGUACACCCAGCAGUUCCGCCGCCCCAUGAUUCGCGAAAAGCUCAAGAGCAUGCUGGACGACAAGGUGAUGGACGUUCUGGAGCAGUUGUACUGGCAGGAUAAACGCGCUGGAGAGCUGGGCACGCUGGGCUCUGAUCCUCGCCUCGCGCCCGAGGCGAUUGAGCCGUACUGGCGGCACAAGCUCGAAGCUGCAUCGUCUUUGCUGACCAAAUCCGGCAUCGGCCGGGACUCGACGCUGCUCGUCGCCGAUGGCUUACGGGCUCUGAUCGACUCGAUCGCCAGCGGGGAGCCAUUCACGCAUCACCCCCGUGCCGCCGACCGGCUGAUCCAGUUCUCCCACGCCAUUCUGCGCGAUCGCAUCGGCGUCGCGUCGGACCAGGUCGAAAACUGCAUCAAACCGUACAAAUACGAAGUGGAGGUCGAGCCCCGGGAAUGGGACAUUGGCCGGGAGCACGCUAUCGACCUGUUUGAGAAGGAGGUGAAUAUGUGUGAAUCCAAGCUGCGCGAGAUACGGAAGCGGGUGGGCGGCAGCAGACGCCUGGGAAGCGUGGUCAGCUACGUCAAGGGAUUGGAGGAGAGGGAGAGAGACCGCCGCAAUAAACGCGCGGACGGUCAGGAGCCGGAUGAAGAGCCUGAAUCGUAUCGCUAUCCCCCGGCACAGAUUGUGGACGGUAUGUUCAGUCUUACUCUCUGCGCCGCUUGACAUUCAUCUUGUUGUGCAACAGCUCGCCAUGCCAUCCUCUACACAGACCGUGUCUCCAUCCUUCGCUUGCGGCUUGCUGCCCUGCGCUCAAAGCGAUGCAAGGCGGGGCCCCAAAGCGAUGUCUUCUGCCCGGAAGCGUUCCUGAAUGUGGUCGCCGACAAACUGGCGUACACGAGUGCCAUGUUCAUCGGCAUCGAGCUGCUCGAUCAAUUCUUCUACCAGUUCCCACGUGAAAUCGACACCCGCUUGCUCUACGAUCUGGACCGGAAGGAGAUCGUCGACUUCGCUCGCGAGAACCCCACCGUCCGGAAGCAUCUUGAUCUGCAAGAGCGCAAGGACAAGCUUGAGGAGGUCAUGAAGCAGCUGAACGGUUUGUCGACCUUGCGCACGGAUGCUCAACCCGCUCCCCGUCGGCAGCGAGGAUUAUUUGGAGGCAUGUUUUAACCGGAUUGACCACUUAUCACGAUCUAUUCCCUCUCUGUAUGUACAUACGUCCUGUAAACUCGUAUAAUCCAAUAGAUCCCCCA